CUUAAUUUAACUUAAGUGCACAGUUUCUUGAAUAUCUUUACCGAAAUGUUAAAGUAUGUUAAAAUAUCUAACAACCACUAUAAAUUGUAUAUGUUACAAAUUCUGUUAUCAAAUUAAAGAUAAUAAAACAAACUAUUGUUGUAAAAACUAAUUUUGAAUAACUAUUUAAAUGCUUUAUAAAAAAUAUCCUUAAAGUCUAUUAUGUUUUUUAUUUUCGGAUAGAAAUCUUCAUUGAAUUCUAUAACGAGGUGCUAUACUAUAAGCAAAAGUAGCAAAAUUCGGAUACAGAUGUAUUUAUGUUAUAAAUGUAAAAUUAAUUUGCUUUUCGAUUUUGCUUUAAAAGUUACAAAAUACAAUUCAUCCUACAUGCGGUGGACCAAUUCUGUGUUUUUGCUGCCGACUAUGCUGACUAUACAAGUGUUUGUUAUCAGUCAUCGCACCGAUCAUUGUACCGGUGCCGGUAUGCUCUCGUGAACCAACCCGACGAAAAAAGGCGUGCCAAGACGCAGACUCGGAACGCGAUAUCAGAACACAUCGUUACGCACGGAGAUUCCAUACAAAGCCGGCUACUUCCAGAAUUGUGUAAUUACUGUACGCUUGAAUGGAUCGGAUUUUCCAACUUUCAGUAUUUCCGUUCAGUAUUAAUACAUCCUUCCGUUUAUCGCUGUUUUGACGUAAUGGGAUCAAUCAGUCAAUCGAAAGCUACAGAACGAAAGAACGGAGUGGAAAUGAUUGGCGAGCCGUGCCUAAAACUACGCCCAUCAAACUAUCAGAACCGAGGUAUCCGUAUACAUUGCCACCGCAAUUUCGCAGUUCAGUCGUGAGAAGGCAGCGGAUCGCGCACGCGGCACUCUCAUACGUUUCAGUCGAGUUUCAUAGUGCUCAUCGGCAUCACGGCGUCAAUCAACUUGUCGAAGUUUCGAAGCGCAAGUCGAACACUACGUGCAACAUGGGUGUAUGCAAGAUAGUUAAAUGGUUCAAAACAACCACGCGGUCGAACAGGAACACAAUACAGUCCACGUCGCCGAAGCCGCAAAACAGCCCCAAUGAAUACUACCAAAAUUUAAUACAACAGUUUGCGAAUCAAACAUCCAAUGGAGACAUCACCGAUCCAGACUGGGUUAUCUAUUUGCCCAAGGAGCAGAACGCCGAGCAAUUCUCUCAAAAGGACAAUCGAAAGUUGUGGAAGCACACACAGUUUAUACCGGGUGUACCGCACAUACGUGCUUCUGAAAUAUUUGAGAUUGAAUGUAUUGCAGGCACAGAGAAAAAAUGUCUUGAACUAGUUUCUGCAGAAUGGAACAAUACCAAAGUGACGCUGAAAAGACAUAUUUUGUCAUCAUGCCGGGAUGCAAUAAAAGCAGACGUGGAAAUUCUUAACGAAAUUCGGCAUCCUAACAUACUGCUGUUGAUGGCCACAACAUACACAAAUGAGCAUGGCCUCGUUUCAAUCUUUGAACCCAUCGACUGCUCAUUGUACAAUUACAUGCACGAGCAAGGCGAACGAAUAAACAUACAAGGAAUCAUGCAAAUCGGCAUGAAAUUGGCGGACGCAUUGAAAUAUUGUCAUAUGCGAGGGUACAUUCACACAGCGAUCAGCUCGCACUGCGUUUACUUUGCAUCCGAUACGACUAUCAAACUUGGCGGAUGGGAACUAGCUAGAAGCAUUGACAAAGUUUAUGUAGAACGUGAUUACGAAAAAUAUUUACGACUAGAGAAUUUCAAGUGUGAGUGGCAUUGGCAAACAUCGACGAUAUAUUACGGACUAAAUCCCGAUAAAAAAAUCGAUGUUUACUGCUUAAUGCUGUUGCUCUGGGAAAUGUGUACAGGAAGUGUACCGUGGAACGGAUACGAUCCAUCUAAUGUAGAAUGGCAGCGAAAACGAAAUGUUAUUAUAAACUUAGAGAAUGUCCCGUCGAUUCUUCAUAGUUUACUGGAAGCUGGAUUACAUACUGAUGAGACGAAAAUAAUGUUGGAUAUGGAUAAAAUAGGAAGAAAACUUCAUAGGCUACUGAUGAUAUAUGAGGAAGAAGAGAAAAAUGACAUGUAUGUAAAUGAAAACGGAAAUAUUAGUAAUGAUCUUUUAUAUAACGAGACAUUGUAUCAUAAAGCUUCUUCUACGUCACCGACCCAAGAUAAGGUGAUCAAAAAUUCAUUCGCUAAACAGUCAUGUCAUCCUACGAUGAAAAAAAGAUUCACGCCGAACCAUCUUCCCAAACCUGAAAAGGAGCAAUGCAGUGAAGACUCUGAUUCUAUAAGCAGCAUAAAAAAGAUAACUAUGUCUACAAUCAAUGAUAGUAUCGUGAGUCCCGUGACUAAAGUAAAGACUGCCACUCCUUGCAUUCGUUGUGCAGAAGUUUCAAAUAUGGUGCAAGAUCUCGACGAGGAAAGUGACGCACGAGCUAAUCUAAAACGAUUGAAACAACUGAUAGCUAGUAGAAGGGUAGAUUUCUUUGGGAGCGACGUUCUUUCGACAUCUUUUUCUUAUUCGACUCCAAGUCCAAAAGCUACAAGUUCAUUAUUAUCGCAAGAAAAGAGUACCGACUAUAUAACCUGUAAACCAGCUAGUCAUACAAUUGCUAUAGAGCCUAGAUGUAAUAAGUCACCCAGUGAAUAUGGUGGGGCUAUAUCAAAAUUAUCAUAUACACCACGGCAAAAGACGCCAUACAUGAGUAUGCCUCCCAGUAUUAAACAAGCAAUAAUACAACCUGAGAUUUUGCAUUCUGACACCAAAAAUUUUUAUGAAUCAACAUUAUGGAGAAAAGAAAAAGAAAUUUGUUUAUCACGAAUGGGACGCAGCGGAAAAAAGCAGAAUGAAGAUUCUUUACUAUUGCAACCAACAGUUUGUAUCACUGAUGAUGAUAAAGUACAAUAUUCCCCACCACAUGCAAAAAAUGCUGAUGCUACAUAUAUAAUUGAAAUGACGAAGAAAGAUAAUUGUACCGAAGAUAACAAAAAGUUAUUAAAAGACAAGAGCAGUAGCGUGCCUACAAAGAUUUUAUCAACUCCAAAUCAAUCCAUAAAAAAUCUCAAAGAUGCCCUCGAUCGUGCCACGGAAAUAGUGCGCUCGACAACGCCUUCCAAAAUUUACACUUCUAAACUCGAUCUCAAUUUACGAGAAUGCGAAGCUGUACUCGAAAACCUGUUUAAAACGAAAUAUAACGACGAUCAAGAAAUCAAAGUUAUCAAAAAAUCGACACCUAGCAAUGAGAUCUUUCUAGGAAUGAGUGAAGUUUCAAGUAUAAGAGCUAAUAAUGAAGCUGCCGCAAAACAUGAACAAAUCUUCAAUCAAGCUUUCAUAAAUAGCCAAACACUCAGUUCCACAACAAAAACGUCAUUCGAAUCUGAAACAUCUGCGCAGAAUCAACAGUCAAUAAACUCACAAGAAAUUAAUCGAAAUGAAAUACCUCUUAUAAACGCGAUUACAUCAACCCCACAGGAAAUUAGAAUAGAUGAAAGAGAAUGUGUUAAUGUAUGUCCUAUGAAUGGUGAUGUAGUAAAAGACUCGCCAAGAAGGCGUUCUCUAUCUACAAAACUGAAUAAUGUGGGAAUGGUAUAUACUUCAAGGAAUAUGUGUAAAAAAAACAUGGAAGGCAGCCAAUAUACAACUGAGGAUAUAUACAUCGAUGAUGAAUUCGGAAGUAAAUUAAACUACAAUUUAAUUCUCUUAAAUGAUAAUAUGUUCAGUGACGAUGAAUGUCUACCUCAGACGACAGAAUUGUAAACUAUUAGAUUCAACGUUUGAUCUUCACAUUCUUGUGUAAAAAAACGUAGCUCUCUUUAAAUAAUUUUUAAUUUAUUCUAUUUUGAUGGCAAAAUCAAUGCUUUUACUUUAUCGCCAUUUUAUGUUUAAUACAAAUAAUAUCUAAUUUAACAAUA